GAGUACGGUAUAUCUGAGGAGGGGUACCCGGUUUUGCUUCAUACCCUGGAGCUGUUGGUCAAGGGAGAAGAUCUCAUCCAAACGUACAUCAUCUCGUGUGUUCAGGCCCGAUCAGGCAGUGAACAGACGACAAACUACUGAUUCCUAUCGGAGACGGACGAAGAUCCUCAGAACCGACAAUGACAAGGGCACCCAGUGCAGCUGUGUACUCGUGGCCCCCCAAGGCUCCCACUUACCCCCGACCUCCUGCUCUCUGACCUGUGCCGACAACUUCCAGGACUCGUGUGGCGGGAAGGCCUCCUUCUCUGUCUACAGCAAACAGACGCUGUAUUUCAACUUGGAGACGAGUGCCCUGUCCAAAAACUACGGCUCUGCCUGCGGCUUCCUGCACAGAGACACCACCCUCUACUUCGACGUCACUCUCAGGUUUGGCGCGUGUGACGUCAGCACCAACGACUUCAAGAACUACAUCUGUCAGGAUUGCAAACUCCCAUCCUUCGGAGUCCCCUGCACCGCCAUCAAGUCUAACGUGGUCCGUACAUGGGACGCGGCCUCUGUGUCCUGUCUACUGGCACAACAAACACUGGCUUCUUCCUUCGGCGUCAACUUGGCUACUGUCUUCAACGUCAGUGCCGUGGGCAGGGAGUCUUACUGGAUCGGUCUGACAGCCGAGGAGAAAUAUCAGUCGGUGGAUGGAAGUGACCUGAACGCAGCCGACUGGAACUUGCCUACCACGCCGCCAGCAGGGAAGUGUCUCGCUGUCUCCAAGGACGCGGCUGGCGUGAUGUCACUUCAACUGGAGGAUUGUGCAACAUCUUUGCCCUCGCUCUGCGAACCUUAACGAGACAUGCCUGUGUCUGAACGGCGCGCCAUCUACCUCUUCUGUGAGCGAGUCCAGCUGUACCAUCAAAUGUCAACACGACUUCAGGAAGAGGUGCGGAGGAGAGACCAGCUACUCUGUCUAUGCCAGAGACAGCAGAUUCCCGUACAAGUUGGACGAGUAUCUCUCUGAGCACGGCAUUGAGCCCACCUGUGCCUACCUGUCCAAACCCCCGCUGCAGGGAGCUCAGGUCGAGGUCAGCUUCGACGCUUGCGACUCGACCGCCAAGAACGACCUGCCGUUCAUCUGCCAGAACUGUACCGGAAACACCCUCCCCUGCAAGCCAGUCAAGGUUCAAUCCCAAGUCAUGUGGCUCCGUGCUGUGAUGGAGUGCGCCACAAAGGGCAUGACCCUGGCUACCAUGGCUAGUGGCGACCUCUCCUCCCAGUUUGUGGGGGAUCUAGGUCGGGAAUCUUACUGGAUCGGCCUCAUGCAGGACAAAAAGACAAUCUGGAUUGAUGGUGCUGAGCUUGACCCGUCUUCCUAUCUCGGAGGUGUCCUUGAUCUUGGCGGAGAAUGUGUGGCCGUUGCCAAGGAUACCGCCGGAAACAUCCGACUUCAGAGAGAAGACUGCAUGACGAAGAAACCCUUCCUGUGCCGUUAACGAGAUAGUUUCGUGAACAGUCUACAGAGGCCCAAGUCCGAUAGAGGAGAAAGAGAGAAAACUUUACUCCCUGUUAUAACCAACAACGACCAAAUCAGCAAGUGAUUCUAAGAUGAAAUCCCCCCAAGAAUCCAGUUUUGGUUCCAUCAACCGGAAAUAAUUUGGUUACGGUUCCUAAAAUUGGAUAUCUGGUUGUAGUAUGAUUGAAGGUUUAAUUAUAAGGUUGUGAGAAACGGUGUUGUAUUUUGUUUCUAUUUCGCUGAUGUGAAGUAAGCAGUGCUGAAUAAACGUUAGAUUUGAAGAAAAUCUCUUGUGA